AUGAAGUCAAUAUUAACGGGAUUAUUGGCGACUUUGCUGGUGGCAUUGUCAUUCUACGUUGAAGAUGUUAAUUCUGUUGCUGUUAUGAGCGUCGACUUGGGCAGUGAAUGGAUGAAAGUAGCCUAUGUUUCUCCGGGAGUUCCGAUGGAAAUAGCGCUGAAUAAAGAAUCCAAAAGAAAAACAGCUACAAUGAUUGCAUUUCGCGAAGACGAGAGAGUAUUUGGCGAAGAUGCUCAAAUAGUUGCUGCUAAGUACCCCACUAAAAAUUUCCAGUACCUCGUGGACUUGCUGGGAAAGUCAAUAGACAACCCAAUAGUUCAAUUAUUCAAAAAAAGGUUCCCUUAUUAUGAGAUUGUCGCUGACGAAGAACGUAACACGAUUGCGUUCAAGUUCAACGACGGUACACUGUAUACUCCAGAAUUGCUUUUAGCGCAAAUUUUGAUAAAGUCGAAAGAGUUUGCUGAAAACUCGGCUGGUCAAAAAAUAACCGAGACUGUUAUUACUGUGCCUGGAUAUUUUAACCAGGCUGAAAGAAAGGCAAUGAUGCAAGCCGCAGAUUUAGCUGGUAUUAAAGUGCUACAGCUGAUUAAUGAUUACACGGCUGUCGCGCUCAACUACGGUAUCUUCCAUCGCAAGGAGAUCAAUGAUACCGCGCACUACAUUAUGUUUUAUGACAUGGGCGCCAGCUCGACGACUGCUACGAUUGUCAGUUACCAGAAUGUUAAAACGAAAGACCGCGGGUUUGUUGAGACGAGCCCACAGGUGAGUGUUUUUGGCGUUGGGUACGACAGGACACUUGGUGGCUUGGAAGUACAAGUUAGAUUACAAAAUUAUUUGGCUACCGAAUUUGAUAAACUGAAGAAGACGGAGAAUUCCGUUUUCAAUAAUCCACGUUCGAUGGCUAAGCUUUUUAAAGAGGCUGGGCGGGUUAAGAAUAUCUUGAGUGCGAAUGCUGAUCAUUUUGCUCAAGUUGAAAGCUUGCUUGAUGAUCAGGACAUGAAGAUUCAUGUUACUAGAGAAAAACUCGAAGAGCUAUGCGCUGAUUUAUUUGAACGAGUCACUGCUCCUAUUAAAAUGGCAUUGACUACUUCAGUUGUGUUAGUUGGAGCGGGUACUCGUAUGCCUAAAAUCCAAGAAAUAUUGACUGAAUUCGUAGGAAGUGAUCUAUCGAAAAAUAUAAAUACUGACGAAGCCGCCGCUCUAGGUGGAGUUUACAGAGCUGCUGACUUAAGUCAGGGUUUCAAAGUAACUAAAUUUAUUAUCAAAGACUCUGUUCUGUUUCCAAUUCAAAUUGUAUUUGAUAAAACUAAUGAAGAAAAGGGUAACAAACAGGUACGAAGAACAUUAUUCGGAAGAAUGAAUUCUUACCCACAAAAGAAAAUCAUAACUUUCAAUAAACGUAAAGGAGACUUUUCUUUUGCUGUUAAUUACGCUGAUUUAGAUUAUUUACCUGCUCAUGAAAUUGAAGCUAUUGGAAGUUUGAACUUAUCGGUAAUUAAUUUAUCGGGAGUCACGGAAGCACUUGAGAAACAUGCUAAAGAAAACGCAGAGAGCAAGGGUAUAAAGGCACAUUUCCUGAUGGAUGACAGUGGUAUUCUAAAUCUAGUUAAUGUUGAAGCUGUUGCUGAGAAAACUAUUACCGAAGUUAAAGAUGAGGGUACUUUGUCUAAAUUAGGUUCAACUAUAAGCCAACUUUUCUCUGGAGCCGAAGAGACUGAUCAAGUGGAAAAAUCUGAAGAGCCACUCAAGGAAGAUGUUAAACCCGUCCAUGAAGAUCCGGAACAGCCGGCUAAGCCAGAGGACGAAAAAGCUAAGACUGAUAAUGAGACUAAAUCUGACGAUAAAACGUCAAAUCAAACUGAGACUAAAGUUGAAAAGAAACCGACGUUAACUGUUCUCAAAGAGCCCAUCAGUGCCAACCAGGAUAAAUUUGGACCUCAAGAAUUGACUGGCAAUAAAUUAGAAGCUUCUUUUGAAACAUUGCGAGCUCUGGAGCAACGUGAUAAAGAUAAAGUAAAGAGAGAAACAGCACAAAAUAAUUUGGAGUCAUUUGUUAUCGACACGCUGCAAUAUUUGACGACUGAAGAGUACAAGAAAGCUUCCACCCCCGAAGAAGUUGAAGAAAUCACAAAGAUAUGUCAGACGACAUCCGAUUGGUUGUAUGAAGAUGGGUUUGAUGCGCCAACUGAUUUGUAUGAACAAAAGUUGGUUGAAUUGAAGGAAAAAACAGCUGGAAUUUAUGAACGUGUGUUUGAACAUCGCGAGCGUCCAGAUGUACUCGCUGGUAUGCGGUCAAUGCUCAAUGGAAGCAAUGUCUUCUUGACUAACAUGAAGAAUGUCCAAGUACGAGACAUUGCUAAUAAAAUGGCUCUGCUUGAUCGCGAGGUAAAAUACUUAGUCAACAAGGCGAAAAUCUGGAAGCCCAAGCAAGAGAGUGUAAACCAAACAGAAAAAUCAGACACUUCGAAGGCUAAUGAAACUGAUUCGUCAAGUACAACUGAUAGCGACGAAGAAGUGACGUUUGAUACUGAAGACACUGAUGCUAAGGCAGCUGAAGAACCAGUAGCUCCUGAAGAUACACCAGCGUUACCUGAAGCUACAAAUACUACAGAUGAAUCUAAGAGUGAAGAUAAACAUAUAGAACUUUAA